GGGCACUCGGAGUGGAGCGGGAGUGCGACAGGCCACCAUGCCACGGUCGUUCCUCGUCAAGAGCAAGAAGGCUCAUAGCUACCACCAACCGCGUUCCCCCGGACCUGACUAUUCUCUCCGUCUGGAGAAUGUGCCGGCGCCCGGCCGAGCAGACAGUAUCUCGAGCGCCGGCGGGGCAGACACGGGGUCCCGGGGCCGUCUGUCCCCUGAGUCUCAGCUGACAGAGGCCCCUGACAGAGCCUCCGCGUCCCCUGGCAGUUGCGAGGGCAGCGUCUGCGAUCGGAGCUCGGAGUUUGAGGACUACUGGAGGCCCCCGUCGCCCUCAGUGUCUCCAGCCUCGGAGAAGUCGGUGUGUCCGUCCCUGGACGAAGCGCAGACCUUCCCUCUGUCCUUCAAGCCGUACUCGUGGAACGGCCUGGCGGGUUCUGACUUGCGACACCUGGUGCAGAGCUACCGGCCGUGCGCCGCCCUGGAGCGUGGCGGGAGCCUCGGCCUCUUCUGCGAGCGCUCCCCGGAGCCGGGCCACCCGGCCGCACUGUACGGCCCGGAGCGGGCUGCAGGAGGUGGAGCGGGGGCGGGGACUCCAGGGGGUGGUAGUGCCGGAGGUGGCGUCGGUGGCGGCCCAGGCCUGGGACUCUACGGCGACUUCGGGCCCGGGGUGACCGGGCUGUAUGAGCGGUCAGCGGCAGCGGCCGGCGGGCUGUUCCCGGAGCACAACCACGGACUGCAUGCGGACAAGGGCACCGGCGUCAAGGUGGAGUCGGAGCUGCUGUGCACCCGCCUGCUGCUGGGCGGUGGCUCCUAUAAGUGCAUCAAGUGCAGCAAGGUGUUCUCCACGCCUCAUGGGCUCGAGGUGCACGUGCGCAGGUCCCACAGCGGCACGAGACCAUUUGCCUGCGAGAUGUGCGGCAAGACCUUUGGGCACGCGGUGAGCCUGGAGCAACACAAAGCGGUGCACUCGCAGGAACGGAGCUUCGACUGUAAAAUCUGUGGCAAGAGCUUCAAGAGGUCGUCCACCCUGUCCACACACCUGCUCAUCCACUCAGACACCAGGCCCUACCCCUGUCAGUACUGUGGCAAGAGAUUCCACCAGAAGUCAGACAUGAAGAAACACACCUUCAUCCACACUGGUGAGAAACCCCACAAGUGCCAGGUGUGCGGCAAGGCUUUCAGCCAGAGCUCCAACCUCAUCACCCACAGCCGCAAGCACACGGGCUUCAAGCCCUUCGGCUGCGACCUGUGUGGGAAGGGCUUCCAAAGGAAGGUGGACCUCCGACGGCAUCGGGAGACACAGCAUGGGCUCAAAUGAGCACCUUAGUUGGCCAGAAGCAGCAAGCAGCUUCACAAC